AUGGACCCCAUCAAGUACAUCUUCGAGAAGCCUGCUCUAACCGGUAGAGUAGCCUGUUGGCAAAUGGAUUUGACCGACUACAACAUCCAAUAUGUCACUCAAAAGGCCAUCAAAGGGAGUGUAUUGUAUGACUAUCUAGCACAUCAACCCAUGGAAGACUACCAGUCUAUGUGCUUCGAAUUCCCCGAUGAGGACAUCAUGCUAAUAAGAGAUGGUAACAUACCUGACCCCGAGGAAGGACCCGAACCUAGAUCUCGGUGGACUCUAGUUUUUGAUGGAGCUUCCAACGCUCACGGAAAUGGAAUUGGGGAAAUCAUCACCUCCCAAACUGGUUUUCAUCUAUCCUUCACUACAAGGUUAUGUUUUGAAUGUACCAAUAAUAUGGCGGAAUACGAGGCAUGUAUCUUCGGCAUUGAAGCUGCAAUUGAUCUCAUGAUAAAAAUUCUCGAAGUCUACAACGAUUCAGCCUUGCUUAUUAGCCAAGUCAAGGGAGAUUGGGAAGCUCGAGAUCACAAGCUCAUCCCUUACAAGGAGCAUGUUCUAAAACUGAUCCCAUACUUUGAUGAGGUUACAUUCAACCAUAUCCUUAUAGAGGAAAAUCAGUUGGUCGACGCCCUGACAACUUUUUCAUCCAUGUUUAAGGUCAAAUGGAAAAAUGAAGCACUAACUUUUGAUCUUAACUACUUCGACGAGCCUGCCCACUAUUUGGCGGCAGAAGACGAAGUCGACGGUUAUCCUUGGUUUUACGAUAUAAUGAAGUUCUUGGAAAUCCCGGAAUACCCUAAGGAUGCAUCCAUUACCGACAAGAAGUAUCUUCAAAAGUUGUCAUCCAAGUUCUUCUCAAGUGGAGGGGUAUUAUACAAGAGAAAUUAUGAUUCAGUUUUUCUUAGAUGUAUGAACAAGUAA